AUGUCCUCGAGUCAAGUUUCUCGUUGGGAAGAGAACAGAAAAUAUGGUGUUAUCAUAGAUGCGGGUUCCUCUGGAUCCAGAGUGUAUAUUUAUUCUUGGAAGGAUCAUGAAUUUGCUAAAAAUUCAUUCACAAUUGAAGAGUUGAGGGGGAAGAUUCCUAUCGUAGAAAGAGGCGAUAAAGACGGGCUGAAAUGGACAAGCAGAGAAGAGCCAGGCAUAUCAACCUUUGGUUCGAAACCAAAUGAAGUGGGCGAGCACCUCGAUAUGUUGCUCGAUUUUUCCAAAGAAGUGGUACCUGAGGACAGCCAUGCUUCAACACCCAUCUUUUUGAUGGCAACUGCUGGCAUGCGUCUACUACCUGAAGAUCAACAAACCGAAUUACUGAGUGCAACAUGUAAUUAUAUGCGCGAAAAGACAUCCUUUUUCAUCAGCGAUUGCGACAGCCAUGUUCGAAUUAUUCCUGGAGAAUUAGAAGGCGUGUAUGGUUGGGUUGCAGUCAACUAUUUGAUGGGUGGAUUUGACAACAGUAUCAAGGCGUACACAGAAAAGAAGAGUCCGGAUGACCAAGUGGAGCAACACCAUACGUUUGGAUUUUUGGAUAUGGGCGGUGCGUCUGCCCAGAUUGCAUUUGAACCAGAACACCAUCAGAGACAAGAGCACAUGCACGAUUUAACGCGCAUCACACUGCACACACUGGACGGUAGAACAGUCGAUUACGAUGUCUUUGUCACUACAUUUCUGGGCUAUGGAAGCAACGAAGCAAGAAGACGAUACCUCGAAGAUCGUGUCAAGAAGCUAUUUGCUGCUUCCAACGGCAAGAAACUAUUGGAUGAGCACCGUAUGCUGCAGCUUGACGAUCCAUGCCUCCCAUUGAAUCUAAAUUUGACAGAUGCAAGCUCAACAAGCGUGUCACUAUCCCUCCAUGGCACUGGUGAUUUCGAUAAAUGCAUAGAAUAUACGGUGCCGCUUCUGAACAAGGAUGCUGACUGCCCAACAAAGCCAUGUCUCUUCAAUGGCGUGCAUACACCAGACAUUGACUGGUCUGUCAACAAAUUUGUGGGUAUUUCCGAGUACUGGUACUCGUCGCAUGACAUCCUCGGUUUAGGCGGUGUCUAUGAUUUUAUUGAAUACGAGAAAAAGGCAACGGAUUACUGUGGUAAAGACUGGUCUCAUGUGCUGGAAGAAAACCAGGAUCUGGGUGCUGCUGAAUUACAUCGUUAUCAGAUGCAGUGCUUCAAGUCAGCCUGGAUCGUUAAUGUGUUGCAUGAAGGCAUCGAAAUUCCGAGGAUCAAAAACCCAAGUGGACAUCAAAACUUGACUGAAGAUCGAGAGCUAUUGGAACAGACAAUCGAGAGUGUCGACGCAAAGAACUGGAAUCCACCGUUUCAAAGUAUUGACACCAUCAACGAUAUUCAGGUAUCUUGGACAUUAGGUGCCAUGUUGCUUCAUGUCGCCAGCAAAAUCCCGCUCAUUGAUCAUCAAGACGGCUUUCUGGGCCACAGCACUGACGAUGAAGGAGCGCAUGAAAUUGCGGAUGGUGUAUCGCAGAAUCCCAAUCCCUCUGGAUCGCACAAUGAGGAAAAUUCCAGCUUUUUAGACGACGUCCGAAGCAGAUCAAAGCCGACAGCCCUGAAUAUUGUAGCUUUUAUAUUCGCCAUCCUAUUUAUUCUGUGGCUUCUGAUGCGAUGUGUACAAAAGAGACAAAUUAACAGAAACAAUGUGGGAGCCAAUGGUGGUAUCCUCGGUGCGGAAAGUGCCAUCACUGGCGCUGGCUCAGCAUGGCGAUUUGUGAACCCAAUGACCUAUCUCAGUUCAAUUACAAACUCGAUUUCUCGAUCCACUAUAUCCAUGCGACAUUGGGCGUCCAGAGUGCUACUUGGUAGAAACAACCAGCAAUACACAAGCGUCAGUAACAUCAUUCCAGUAGAUAUGGACACAUUUGACGAUGGCAGUGGCAGUGUGAUGAAUGGAGCAGCGGACGGUAAUGUAUCCAUCACAAUGCCAAGCAAUGACCGAGUGCUGGGCGUAUCCAACAAAACACCGAGCGUCAUUUCCAAGCAAUACUGGAACAAGAAACGGUAUAGCGGCGAUAGUCAUAAUGGCAUAUUUCAGAUGGGCGAUGUUGUUGAAGGCUCAAGCGUGCUGCCGUUCAGGACAUCUUCAGCCAUGGGUCUGGCCAAUCGAAAUAGCAGUGCCUCCAACCUAACAGCGCGCACAGGCAGUUCGCCCAAUUUGAAUGGCAUGGUAAAUGGUUUAACUGCCAUUGAUCGAUCCCCAUCACCAUUGGCUGCUGAAGUCAAUAUGACAAGAUCAAGAUCAAGAGUUGGAUUUGUCAUUCACGAGCAAUCCGAUGAAGAAGACUAUGCCAUCAGUGAUGGACCACUGCCAUCCGAUAAUCCUGCUGCUGCCUGGCUACAGAGCGCGAGUCGAUUGGCGAGUCCUCGAGGAAGUCCGCGAGGGAGUUUAGACGAGCGUAGAAAGAGAAAGGAAGAGACAGAAUGA